AAGAUCUUUCCCCACACCCAUCUUGCUCCAAGGGGAUCAAGUGAGGUGUGACACUGCCUCAAAGACAGCCAAUCAGAAUGGACAGAGGCGUCGCCAGACCUGUUGUAGGCCUGGCGUAGACCUAUAAAGAGCCCAGGUAGGACAGGUGGCAGGUUAGGAUGCUACAGACAAAUAGACCCUCCAGAGGUACACACGGCAACCUGCAGACUUAACCCAACCACCUCUGGCGACAGCAUCAGACAAAGACGCCUUCAAGAGAAAGACAUCCGUCAGAGACAAAGACAACCUUCAGAGUGCUGGACCUCCUCCAGCGUUCUUUAGAACUUUAGAAUGACCUCGUACGUUCCACAGGGCCUGUCGCCCACUCAGGUGGGCUCCCAGUUCCAGACCAUGGGCCCCCAGGAGCCGCAGGAGUACAGCCUGUACAACGACAGCUUCUACAGCCCUCCGCAGCUCUCCAGCCCCCCGCAGCAGCCCCCCGCCGCCCUGCCUCCCACCACCUACGACCUCGGGGACUACGCCAGCACGCCCUCCAACCCCUACCUGUGGUUCAACGGCUCGGGCAUGAACGGCAUGCCCUACCUGGGUGGGGGGGGCAGGGCUCCUGGCGACCCCUUCGGGGGACAGCCCUACGGUAUGCCCAGGCCUUACCUGGGCACGGGCGGCGCCGCCGGGGACCUGAGCUGGUUCUCGCUGCCGUCGCAGGAGGACCUGAUGAAGCUGGUGAGGCCGCCGUAUUCUUACUCGGCACUCAUCGCCAUGGCGAUCCACGGGGCGCCCAACCGGCGGCUGACGCUGAGUCAGAUCUACCAGUAUGUGGCCGACAACUUCCCCUUCUACAACAAGAGCAAGGCCGGCUGGCAGAACUCCAUACGGCACAACCUCUCGCUCAACGACUGCUUCAAGAAGGUGCCCCGCGAUGACGAUGACCCUGGCAAGGGCAACUACUGGACCCUGGACCCCAACUGCGAGAAGAUGUUCGACAACGGCAACUUCCGGAGGAAGAGGAAGAGAAAGUCCGACACUCUUUUGAGCGAGGGAGAGAGCGCCGGCAGUCCCACAGGGGGUGGGCCCACCUCUGCCGAGUCCAGCCCCAAGGGGCACCUGGCCGAGGCCCAUAGCCCCUCCGAGCGCGGACCCACGCCCGAACCCGUGGGCCCCACGCCCUGCCUCAAGAGCUUCCUCACCCAGAUGACUGAGGUGUCGUCCACCGGCGGGCCCCUGGUCGGUGGCGGCCUUGUCGGAGUGGACACGGUGCUGCGGCCCCUGCCCUUGGGUGUGCCCAUGCCUCUCGAGGGAGCCCCCCAGAGGGUAUCCCCGAGCGAGGGCUUCGGCCCUUACUCCCCCAACGCUACCGUUCCCCAAUGGGAGGCCCAGCUCCCGCCGCCCAGCACGCUAGCGGCCGCGGGCACGCUAGCCACGCUCUCGUCCUCCCCGUCACACUUCUCCAGCGUCUACACCGACUCCCUGCUCAGCCACUUCAGCAGCGCGGCCGCCGUCGGAGGGGGCUACCCCGGCCUGGACACCACAGGACUGGUGUACCCUCGAGAGGGGACGGAGGUCUGAGAUCCCCAGACAAAGGACUGGUGACAUGACGCUUGAUCUGCUGUUGGUGUUUUUUAGUUGUUAUGAACUAACUGAAACUGAACUGAAAACAAGGCAAGCAGUAGAUGUCACAGACUGCUGAAGAUGCCUGCCUGGCUGGCUUGCCCGCAGGCACGUGCGUACUGCGUACGUGACACGAAGGGUGGAGAAGGGAGCAGACUGAUAGGGACUGCCUGACUCAGCAGUGGCCUCGUCGUGUCUCCAACCCCCCACUGGCCCUCCAGGCCCCAGGCUCUCUCUCUCUCCCCCAUUCAGUCAGUCCAACAGCUCCACUCUUGAGUAUGUGAAUGCUUACUGUACUUACACUCUCUGGUCUCAGCUACAGCUGCUGACUCCAUGUAUUCCUAGAGCGAGAGGGAGAGAGACUGCCAGUUUACCGUUUGUGUGUGUGUGUGUGUGAUGGCGUGCAUCUGAUGUAUGAGGAUACUGUACAAAUCCUCAAACAUCAGAUGGCUGAAUUCAUUCAUUUCUCUCACAUGUUCUUUUGAACAAAUGGGUAAAUGUAUGAUGAAUGAACUAUGAAACUCAUCAAUGAGUAAAAGUUGAGCUGAAUUAUAUCUUGUAAAUAAAAAAAUACCUAAGUUGUUUAUCAACCAGUGCAGUAAUCAGUAGACCUUGUGUUUGUUUUUUUUGUUUUUAUUUUUGUUGGUUCAUUUUCUUUGUAAUAUACUGUAUAUCUAUACAUCUGUAACUAUGCACUGUAUUUAUAUUUGGAAGAGCUGACUUUUUUGCAGCAACUUGUUUUUAACA